CAGGCCGUCAGACAUAUUUCUCAGCACAGCAGCAGCCGAGGAAAGGGAUUUUCACCGGCGGUUUCGGCUUAAUCUGCCGUAAGUUUCUGUUUCAGGCUUCCAUUUUCGUCCCUUAAUCUCCCAUUUAUUCGCUACAGAUGCUGCUUAUAAGCCUCGGUUAUUUGGUCAAUUAUUCGAUGCAUUUAUGAUUGGAUUCUGAUCGUUCUUUUUAUGUUCGUAUCUGAAGGUGAAUUUAACUUUUAGGGCAUCGUUACAUUUUCGUUUUUUUUUUUUGAAAUUACGACUGGUGGUCGAGGAUGUAGUCAGUAGACAUUUUAAUCUGUAGUUUGUUCUUUUAUUCUUUGUAAGUGGAGUUCUACUUCAAGCGAAGAUGGAAUUUUCCUUUGAGAUCAUGCACAUUUCUAGUUCAAUAAUAGGAAAUAUUGUAGUAUGAUUUUUAGCUGAACCCACUUUUUAUAAAUGUAAGAGCUCAAAAUCGCACCAUGUAAUUCUUUGUUUAAGAAGGGAAAUAUUAGCCUUGUCUAUUGUGCUGGUGGCUGUAUUACGCUUUAUGUGGUUAAUUUUUAUACAUGUACUGCAGUGAAUCUGAACAUUUGAUUACCUGGUUUAACCUGUUUGUAAAGCUGUAUUGUUUGGGUUUCACUAGGAGAGUUGCUGAGACAUUUUUGUUUGGUGCAUGUGUUCUCUAGCAGCUUGCAUUUGUUAGAAUGGUGAGAGUUUCUGUCUUGAAUGAUGCUCUCAAAAGCAUGUACAAUGCUGAAAAGAGAGGAAAGCGACAAGUGAUGAUCAGGCCAUCUUCAAAAGUCAUCAUCAAGUUCCUCUUGGUCAUGCAGAAGCAUGGAUACAUUGGUGAAUUUGAGUAUGUUGAUGACCACAGAUCCGGAAAGAUUGUGGUUGAAUUGAAUGGUAGGCUCAACAAAUGUGGAGUCAUUAGUCCUCGUUUUGAUGUUGCUGUCAAGGACAUUGAGUCUUGGACUGCCAGAUUGCUCCCAUCUAGACAGCUUGCAUUUGUAACAAUGGUGAGAGUUUCUGUCUUGAAUGAUGCUCUCAAAAGCAUGUACAACGCAGAAAAGAGAGGAAAGAGACAAGUGAUGAUCAGGCCUUCUUCAAAGGUCAUCAUCAAGUUCCUCUUGGUCAUGCAGAAGCAUGGGUACAUUGGCGAAUUUGAGUAUGUUGAUGACCACAGAUCUGGAAAGAUUGUGGUGGAAUUGAACGGUAGGCUCAACAAAUGUGGAGUCAUUAGCCCACGUUUUGAUGUUGCUGUCAAGGACAUCGAGUCUUGGACUGCCAGAUUGCUCCCAUCUAGACAGAGCUAG